AUGUCGUCAACCACUAGUGGAAAAACUGCAGCAACAUUGUCUCCUCUUCUGUUGAGGAAGGGUAUAAAAAGAAUAGCUGGGGACGUAAAGUCCGUCAAACCUUUGGGAUCUGGCGAUCUCCUAAUCGAAGUUUUUAGCAAACAACAGGCGAUUAACCUACUGGGUUACACCAGUUUUGGAGGUAUCAGUGUCAUAGUGAAAGCACAUCCAUCACUAAACAGCGGCAAGGGGGUAAUCAGAUGCCCCGCCCUGCGCAAUGACGCUGAUGCCGCCAUACUGGAGUACUUCCAGGAGGAGGAGAUCCCAGUCUAUGAGGUGCGACGGAUUUUGUCCAAGAAGAACAACAAGCUGGUUCCAACAGACACGUUUGUACUGACCUUUGCUACCCCAUCACUACCUUCGGCCGUAGUAAUUGGUAACCAAAGGUGCAGUGUAUCCGUCUACAUCCCUAAACCAUUUAGAUGCCGUAACUGCCAGAAGUACGGACAUCACGAAAAAAGAUGUAGGCGGAAGACCGUUUGCCAAUACUGUGGUCGUGAAGGUCAUGAGGACCAAAGCGACUGUGAUAUUGCCAACCUGCGUUGUGUUAAUUGUGAGGGAAAGCAUGCUGCUUCGUCUCGAGACUGUCCUGCCUGGAAUCGCGAGAGAGAGAUAUUGCGGGUCAAAUUUACCCGAGAUGUCUCCUUCCCCGAGGCUAGGAGGAUGUUGGGGAGCACGGACGUGGCUGCUCCCUCAUAUGCACAAGUGACGAAAGUCCGGUCGCCGGUUGACAAUGUCGCAGUCAAGGAUGCUUCGGUUCAAGUAUCUGCAGACAUACCUGCCUUAGGCUCUCAAGUCCCAGACAUGUCUGGCCAAGAUAACUUGAAAAUCCUCACGGGAGACCCAUCCCGAGAAAACCCUCCAAAGGUUGGCCCAACUGGGGCACAUGUGCGUUCGCAGCGAUCUCGCUCACUCACAUCUGUUCCUCGAUCCCAACUGAGACCAGAGGCAACAUCACCUACCAACAGACCUAGGAAAAAAAUUAAAGAAGCGAGGGGCAAAUCUGAAGGACCUGAUAUGAAUGUCACCUUUGGCAAAGGAUCAGAGGACCCGACAAACCGGUUCAAUGUCCUACUAGAUUUCGAUGAUGAGAUGGAGACGAAUGCCUCAGCGCUUCGUGCUUCGACUCCAUCGAAAUCCAGCCAAAAUAGCAAAAGAUAA